CCAUGGUCUGAGGUGCUUGAACACACACCCUCAUGCCCUCCGUCCGUGCCUCACGCGGCUGGACCCCCCGCAGAAGGAUGUAUAACGGGGCUGUGCAAUUGCUGAAGGUGUGUUCACUUUUCACUUCUCAAACCUAGCGGGAGGAAAGGACACGGGGAUUUACCGCAGGCCCAUUGGUCGGUGUGGCUGCCAGGCGCCCGCUAACUGGCUGGCGGGAGGGCGAGGCGAGAGGCUAUUGGCUCAGCUGGGGGUGUGCUGUGUGACGUCACGGGCGGUCGCCACUACGCACGAGGGACGGGGAAUUUUCCACACAACACACCGCCGACGCAAGCCCCGAUUUCACCUUUUUACGACCCCGCUCGCCUCAGUAGUCCCAUCUGUCACAUCCAUGAGUGCUUGCUGUAGUUAGUUAUGAGGCGCAGAUGUGGGACAAGGGUGUGUGUGAGGCGAUGAUAGGAGUGAAGGUCAUGGGACGGUGACGCGCGGAUGGGGACAACAACAAAAGCCGCGGCUUGAAGGUUGGCGAACGGGGACUGGGGAUGCAUAAUGAAUUUCGACCCAUGGGAAUUUAGUCACUAGGCGGGGCCUGGGAGAUCGCUCUUACCUACCACGCGGCAAGUAACAGGGGAAAUUAAUAAAAUAGUGAAAGGAUAUUACAUAAGUGGACAAGAAGUAGUGGCAACUAAAGAAAGUGAUAGACGGCAACUGUGUAUCAUCUCCAUCCCCUUCCCCUCAGUCUCCCUCCUCUCCCUCUACCAUCUUCCCUCUCUACCCCGCGCGGUGCCAGCCCAGCCUGCCAGCUCUCUCUCUCUCACCCUCUGGCACCCUCAGUCAGUCCGGUCCCUAACCCCGCCGGCAACACAGGUUCCUCCCGGCUUGCUCGAAAAGGAAGCCAGCCGAAAGCCGCUUCUUUGUAAAACUGACUGAAGGAUCCGAGCGCAGUGCACGAAAAGAGGGUUAAUAUGCGAGAGUCGGCCGCUGCUGUUACUCCUUCACCCGCGCCCGAGACUUUCCGACGCCCUGUUCUCAUAGCAGCCGCUCACGCCCUACGUUUGUUGACUUUAAUGUGUAUUCUGCUAGACAAUAUAUAAAGUGACCUCACGGAGUUUAAACUGUGGAUCUUUCUAGUCACCCAAACACAGCCUUGCCGUUUACUCCUUCUCUAUCUCCCUUCCCUUACUGUUUCUUCUCUUCCCUCGCUUACUCAAGCCUGCCUCCUCGUCGUCGUUAACCUCCUCCUGCCUCUCUCCCUUUCCGUCUCCUCGUCUCGGCGUGUUUGUUCGUGUGUGUGUACUAGUACUUGCAUUCUCCUCCGUGCGAGUCGACCGACUGCCAAGAUGAAUAGCAAUAGGAUGGUGGUGGCCCAGAGGGGAGUCAUCCCUCCACCCAAACACUAUGCUGACUCUGCCUGGUUCAAAUACAUCCUAUCAUGUUGUGCGGCCACCACGGCAGAGAUGGUCACGUACCCGCUGGACCUGACCAAGACUCGGCUGCAGAUACAGGGGGAGAAGGGACUCAAUGGCAAUGGAGUGGCCACUGUGCCUUACCGAGGGCUGGCAAGGACGGGUGUUGGCAUCGUGCAGGAGGAGGGACUGCUCAAACUAUGGCAGGGUGUCACGCCAGCAGUAUACAGGCACCUGAUCUACUCAGGCACACGGAUGGUGCUGUAUGAGAAGGUUCGGGACCACCUGUUCACCACCCGGCCCGAUGGUACGAGGCCCGUCUGGCAGGCCAUCGUGGGAGGCAUCCUGGUGGGCGGCAUAGCACAGUUCCUUGCUUCCCCAGCGGAUCUCAUCAAGGUGCAGAUGCAGAUGGAAGGCCGGAGGAGGUUUGAGGGCAAGCCGCCAAGGAUUCACAGUGCUAGCGAGGCGUUCGUCAAGAUCUACGCUGCUGGGGGGCUGCGGGGACUGUGGAAGGGGUGCAUGCCCAACGUGUACCGCUCUGCCUUCGUCAACCUGGGUGACCUCACCACCUAUGACUCGGUCAAGCGUUACUUCAUGGGCAGCUGGGGGCUCUCUGACAGCUACUGGACACAUGCACUCUCCAGUGCUCUCUCAGGCCUGGUCUCAGCUAUUCUUGGCUGCCCGGCAGACGUAAUCAAGGCCAGAAUCAUGAACCAGCCAGUUGACCACAAGCAAAGCCUUAAGGUUCAGAAAGACUUGAAGGACUGUAAGGCUGUGGAGUGUGCUAGAGUGUGGAGGACAACUAGGGACAGAAGGGGUCUGCUGUACAAGAACUCACUGGACUGCCUGAUGAAAACAGUGCGCAAUGAAGGCUUCUGGGCACUGUACAAGGGCUUCGUCCCAUGCUGGCUGCGCAUGGGCCCCUGGUCCCUCACCUUCUGGCUCACCUAUGAGCAGAUCAGGAAUGCCUGUGGCACCUCAGCAUUCUAGGAGGGCAGCCAGUCACAGUACCAGCCACAGAGGCUCUUCAGGACUGCUGGUUCCCUCCUCUCCCAGGGUGGAGGAGCCCCUCACUGACAGCCCGAUGUCCUGAGUCUCGGUGUGGCAGCUCAGAGCAAGGAAGUGUUGACAGGAGCCACAGAGAGUGAAAUGAAGCCACAACUGGUGUUUCCACGUACAAGAUCUUUGCUCAUGGGAACUCUGCCUUGCAUAGGAUAUUAUUUUAUGGUACAUAUUAUUAUUGUCUUGUAAAUAAUGUACUGCUCUCCAUGAGUGUCCCACUUGGCGAGAACUUCAUUCUUCCAUUUCUUGCUUCCAUUUCAUGCCUCUUUUCAUUGUCUUGGUCUCCACAUUGUUUGGAGUCUCUGAAUUUUACUAUUUUUAUUCCAAAAAUAAUUUUUUAUAUAUAUUUUCAUGUUGAUUUUAACAAUGUCUUUUAACUUCAUGCCUUAAAGAGUUAACUUUUGUUUUUAUUCAAGAUUCACCUGUUCCUUUUCAUUACUUUCUCUUUCCAUCUUUUAUUUCCAUUGAAGGUUCACCUGUCUUUUUCUUUCUAUGCUUUAUGUUUUCCUUCGACUUUGGGUAUCAGUGCUCUUGACACAAGCAGUGGACCACUACUGUACCUAUUAACCCACAAACAGAAUACGAAACAAAGUGUGUGGGGACGUCCCACACACGGCUGUAGAUUUUUAACCCACCUUGACAUGAUCUUGAGGCAUUCAGGUGACCCAAUCCAACACUAGGGUGUCAAGGGAUAUGUAUAGAGAGAAUAAUAGCCUUGGCCACCCAGUGCUCAGGCUCAUACUGCUACCUAGUGUGUGCAUGUGUGUGUGUGUGUGUCUGUGUGUGUGUGUGUGUGUGUGUGUGUGUGUGUGUGUGUGUGUGUAUAUAUAUAUACUAAAGGUGUUACCAUAUCAGGUGUUUCUGUGUCAAAGGCAAAACUUGGUGUACAGUAUCCAGAUCAUUUAUGUAUACAGGGUGAUAUACAGGCACUUGAGAGUCUUACAGGUGUUUGUGUACAUAUAUAUACAUGACAUGCUAGAUAGAUGGCUGGUGGGCCCGGGCUGCCCGCACCACCCUGCUGGCCGUGUUGCAGCCGGCAGUACCACUAACAGACUUGUGGUGAGGCGGUGGGGGAAACACAAUGCAGCACAAGCCAAAUGACAACACAGCAAUGACACACUAGCAAGAAUCCAGUCAAGGUUUAUAUUUUUUUAUACUGUGUGCCAGGAAAACUUUUGAGCUCAAGACCUGCAUUGGUGUUUCCUCCCAUGCCACACUAACUUUUCCCUGUGCUUCCCCUGACCAGCUUUAAGCCCCCAGGAGGCUGGUGUGUGCAGGGGUGCCGCUUAUCUUGACUGCAUCAGUCCAUGUUGAGUUAGUGAAGUGUUAGGUGGGUGUAGGAGGCAGCCAGGGUGUUGCCAGAUGGUGUUGAGUGUCGCUAUACCCCUCAGUGUAGCCACUUGCCUUACCUUGCUGUAGAUAUGAUUCCUUAUGGUUUGACUAACUAUAAUUUCUUUUUAUUACAUCUUACUAUUAUUGCUGUCAUUAUUGCAUUAUUAGUGUUUUCUCCACACACCUCGUAUGUGUGUGUGCAUGUACAAUGUGUGUGUAUCUGUGUGUACAAUGUGUGUGUGUGUAGACAACAGUGUACUACCACUUUAUCUUCUCUUGGUACCUUCACUGUGAGUCGUGAAUGAGACAAUAUGUACUAAUUCAUAUCUAAUCAUCUUCCUCCCAACAACUUCCCAGCUCCUGGUGCUAAUGCUGCAGCUGCCAACCACACUCCUCCCUUUAAUGACCACACAAACCUCUAUUUACCUCAGAACAGCCUGGAUAUCAAGGGUCCAGGGAGGCACAACUUGGGCUUUGUAGAAACCCGAGUAAUUUUUGCUCAGCAAGUUUUUGGUGAUCUGUUGAGCCAAAACAUGAGUGUCAUUUUCUUUAAAGUUUGAUAAUGAGGUUGAGGAGUGUGUUGCUGUUUGGUUAAUGUUUUGAGUAUUGGCAUCAGAGAGAGAGAGAGAGAGAGAGAGAGAGAGGCACUAGAGGGGAAGAAAGGUACUGUAUAUGUAUUUCAAUAGUAUCUUUAUUUAUAUUGAACUAAAGGAAGGUGUUGUAAAGACAAGAUUCUGGGCAUUAAAAAACAUAAAUGGAUGUGAAGAUGCAAAUAAUUAAUAGUUUGCGUUGGAAUCAGUAAAAAUAAUCAGUCACUCUAUAAUUCGAUCUCAUUUCGGUGCACAAACUAGAAGGUUACAAGAGUCAUGUUAACACUCACCUGGAUCUCAUUAGUCAUGUAGUAAGGAGUCACAGUGGAAGACAAGGGGCAGUGUUUCCUUCAGAAGAGAUACAGUAAACAGGAACUAAUGGAGGAUAAUAUGGGAAAGAGUAAUAAAGAGAUAAUCUGUGACUGCAAAAUGUGGGAGAGACUCAAAAACUGUCUAGCCCUGUAAGGGAAAAUAAGAACAUUAAACAAGAUGGUGAUGAUGAAACUGCAACUUGUCUGCCUAUCUAUACAUAUCAGGCUGGCAAUCAUCAUCUGCACAUUGUCUCUUGGUUCAGUGAGCUGACUUUCAAGUGCCAUUUACAUUGCUGACAAGGAACAUGUAGGCAGAAUUUGUGCAGAGGUGAAGGAAACACUGCUUUUUGUCUUGCUAUGAACCUGCACAGCAAGUCAUUCCCAUCAUGCUGUGAAAGAUGGUGGCUGGAAGAUGGAAGACAAGGGUGAGGCACUGGCUGUUUGUGAUAGACGACCCAAGCAAUGCAAGUUAAUAGUCAGUGGUGGAGUGACGACCACCACUAAUACAAAGCAGGCACCUCAGUUGAUGACUUAGUUCAUCUUGAUUGUGUUGUACAGGUCUCUCCUGCAUAUAGUACAUCCCACCUGUGUAUGUACUGCAUUAUAUCUUCAGCUGUAUAUAUUUGUUGGACUAGAGGUAUAUAGGUAGGUGUGAGUGUUGCAGGAGUGUGUGUACAGGAGUGCAAUGUAUGAGUACUAUUAGUAGCAUAUCACUAUUCGACACCAACCACUCCACACAUAGUCAUUUUGUGUACAUAGUAUGUUGUGUGGUGGCUGGCGUGUCCCUCUGUACUGACUCACACAGGCCUGACCUCAUCACCCGCUGGUCUGCCAACACUUGGGAACCAGAAGGGACAGUUUUCAGUUAUUGGGUGCAUUGUGUGUAGCCUUGUAUGUGUGUGCAGGUAGUGGAGGCUUGGGUGCAGCUAGGGAUGGCAGACAGCACCACACAUACACACACUAUUACUCCUGAUAGCAGCUCACAAGAUGGGGAGAUUAAGAGAAGAUAAAUGAAAAGAAGACACAUUUUGAGAGAUUGUAGGGCUGUAACUGUAACAUAUAACACUGCUUCUCAUUUUACAUACAGACACACUUAUAUGCGCUGGAGCCAGUUAUUUGCCACAUUUAGUGGAGAAAAGGUAUUGAAUGACAUUUGAGAGAAAAAACAAUAGACAAGCUUUGUCACUGUAAUUAAUGGACAUUUUAGAGAAAUAGAAGAAAUGGCUUAAGUUUUAAGUAGAUUAUAUUGGUUGAGAGGAAAACAGAAAGUAUGAGAUCACUAUAAAUUGAAUCAGGGAGAGAAAAUGGCAGGCAAGGAUAACUUGAUAGAAAAUGAAGACAUAACCUACACACAGGAAAGGGAAUCAGGCUUUUAAGAAUGAAGGGAAGCAAGAGGGAUGUGAUGAUGGCAACUAUCAAUACAGGGAAGAUGUAAACAAGUAGAAAGUGAAUGAAGAUUUAUACAUAAUACUUUUGAGUGGCAAAACAAAGUAAAGUAAAAAGGAAGACUCACUAAAGAGUGUAAGAAAACUUGAGUAAAAUAACUAACAAAAGAAACAUAAGGACAAAAUACAAUACAAAUAGUACAAAGUGGGAAGUGAGAGCUGAUGCAGGUGACAGGAACGUAGCGAGUGAGAGUGAGUGAGUGAGUUAAAGACAGAUAGAAAGAGAGAGAGAGAGAGGUGAGUACAAGAAGGGACACAAGCCACAGACACCUCUGAGGCACCUUGUAUAAAGCCUUCACAAGCCUGAGGUUAUCAGCCAAAGGUCAUGAGCUUCCCAAGGCAAAUUUUUAGACCAAAUCAGGACAAACUAUUUUUUUACUUUUUUACUGUGAAAACCAGCACUUCCACUUGACCUCUGCUGACCUGGUGGCCAAGUUGCAGUUUCUGUUGAGAUGACAACCCACAAAAAUAAUUUAUGGAUUGUAGUGAAACUUCAGGUUCACACUAUUUUUGCAAUGUUGCCAAGUUGUGUUGUAGUGAGAACACAGUUGUUCGUACAUAUAGCCAACAAAGACGUGUGUUGAUACCAUCGUUGUUGCAUGAGCUGUUGCACCGAUAACUGAACCGUGUUUUCCAAGCGCCAAUAGGUGUUGCAAGCUUUAGAACUCUGUAGCUGUGAAGGAAGCUUGGCGAGUGUUUGUAGUCAUUACUAAGAAGACAGUGUAUGUAAUAGUUUCCAGGAUACAUAAUGUUGGUUAAUGUGCCUGUAUUAUGCGGCCAGUAUUGCUUCUGCCUGAAAUAUCAUGAAGCUGCAGGCCUGAAUAUGAUUUUGUAGAGUCAGUGUGUGCUUCUCUAUACCUCACACUGGUAUAGAAUAGAAAGAGAGUGUUAAGGAGUUACUCCACCCAAACUUGUAGUCAGUCCUAGAAAUGUUAGAAUGUGAAGCAUGUAAGCUUUCAAAUGUGUCAUGUUAACUGAAUUGUAAGGAAUUGAAGCCAAGUGAUCAGUGUGUUGUACUGUGAUAGUGAAUGCAGUAGUAAGUUUAGGUGUGGUUGCAAAUGUGCAAAGCAACAUUUUGUUAUCUUGAAGUGCAAUAAGGGCAAGUGUACAGCAGACCAUUGCUUACAUGAACCUUUGUACUGCCAGACAGGACACAAUCUUCAGUGAUUGUGGUUACAGGAACGGUUCAUUGUGAUUGACAACUCAUUCAUUAUCCCACCUCUGCUGGUGUGUUGCCGUGAGUUACAAGCUGAAUGAGAGUGCUGGCAGUUCACUUUGUGCACAGGAAGGGAGCCAGCCCAAGCUAUGAGUGAUUCAGGCAGUCAUCUGAAGUGGUCUUGUAGUGGUGUCCCUCGCACAAGUAGCCAAGACAUUCCUGGGCUGCACCUUACCUCACUCCCCACAGUACUGCCUACCUAAGCUUCCUCAACACUGGCCAAGGGACCUCACCUCCAGAUAUAUGCAUGCUCCACAGUCCUUCAGGAUGGAGGUGUGGCUGUGGUGUCUCCCCUGCCAGGCCAGUACCAGACCAGAGUACAGAAAUGAGGUUCACUCCAGAUUAACAGGCUGAAAGGUUCCAGGUGAUCAAUUUAUAUACCUGUUAUUUAAAAAAGUAUUUCUGUAGUGACACGGAUUUGUUAGCAUGCAUUUGCAAGUUUUGUGAAGUACAUAAAGAACAGGAACAUGUAAUGAGAGAAUGUAUUUUAUGGGUAUAUUGGUGGGUUUAUUAGAAGUGAGGUGUUUAACAGGGGUGGCCAGCCAGCCUGUCACGCCACACAACGACAGACUGUUGGUGUCAGGCGCUGGGGACAAUGAAUGCCUGGACUUAUUGUAAGUGCCAAUAUGAAAAUUUUCCUAUUAGGGGGGGAUGUGUUUCAUUGCAUUUAAAGAUGUAUGUAACUCAGUUGGCAGAAGUGUGACAGCUGAUACUAUAUGUAAUCCAUAAGAGAAAAUAUUAAUGUUGAUGGUAACUGUAUUUUAGUACCUUGCAAGUUUUAGACAAUAAAUAUUUUUGUGUAAGUCUG